AUGAAGUUUGCUGGUGCGUUUCAGUUGGUGACUUUUGAUGCUACAGGAACGUUAAUGAAAUUCCGUAUAUCUCCUCCGGAACAAUAUGCAAUAGUUGGAAGUAUGUAUGGAGUGGAAGUAAAUGUUAAGGACAUUACUUCUAAUUUCAAAUUAAACUGGAAACUCCUGAAUAAAGAACAUCCAAAUUUCGGGAAAAUGUCAGGGCUGGGGUGGGAGAAGUGGUGGUACGAACUUGUAUGUAGGACUUUCAGAGCAAGUACUACCAGAAAUUCAUUUUUAGAAGCAUCAAAGUUAGACUUAAUUGCACAGCAUCUUAUCAAAGGAUAUAGUUCUGGUUCAUAUUAUGAACUGUACCCUCAUGUAAAAGAAGUAAUGGAGAAUUUGCAAAAACAAAAGAUCAUUUUAGGAGUUUUAUCAAAUAAUGAUGAAAGAUUAAUUAGUGUUUUAGAACAUCUAGGCUUAUUACCAUAUUUUAAUUUUGUGUUUACAUCAUACAAUGUUGGUUAUGAAAAACCUCAUUGCGAAAUAUUUCAGAAAGCUUUGCAAUGUAGUAAAGUGCUGCCAGAACAUGCAUUACAUGUUGGUAACAGUCCAGUACUGGAUUAUUUUGCUGCCAUAAAAUGUGGGUGGAAUGCGGCUCUCAUUCAUCAAGAACAAAAAGAUUUAGAGCAAUAUAAUUCCGAAAUUCCUUCACACCUAAUUUUUAAAAACUUUCUUAAUCUCCAGCAUUUCUUAUGUUGA